AAUUUAACUGUCACCAUGUUUAUGAAUGUAUUUUGUUUUGUGUUUAUGUUUAUAAAUAAUUUUCGAUAUCUCACAAAUCUUACUAUUUAAAUCUCAAUAAUUAUAGCAAUUGCUUAAAAAUGUCUAUUGUAUCAAUUAACUCAACAUCUAGUUAGAUUCUAAUAGCAAAUUCAAAGUAAACAAUUUUUUUUUUUUGCUAUCGUCUGCUUGCCUGCCAAUAUGAUUUAACUAAACUUUUACAUGUAAUUUUGACAUUUCAUUGUAUUUCUAAUGGCACAACCACCUCCUCCUCCUCUUGAGGAAGUCGAAACACCGGGAUGUGUUGUGAAAGAGAUCGAAAAACAAUUGUACAAAACUUUAAAAGAUGUCUUCAAAUAUGACAGCUAUAAAACUCUAACUCAAAAGCGAGCUGUUGAAGCUGUAGCAAAUAGUACUCAAGAUGUGUUUGUUUCAAUGCCGACAGGUGCAGGAAAAUCUUUAUGUUUCCAGUUGCCUGCGAUUGUAAGUGAAAGAAAGGGUCUUACUGUUGUUGUAUCACCAUUAAUAGCCCUCAUGCUGAAUCAAAUGACCCAAAUGAAGGCAUUAGGUAUUCGUACUGAAACUAUUAACUCCAAAAUGUCAGCUAAAGAAAGAGAAAGAGUGAAAAAAGAUUUAACAAGUAAUUCACCUAAAACAAAAUUGCUUUAUAUCACUCCAGAAUUAGCUAGUACUCCAGGUUUUCAUUAUUUGUUAGAUCAUCUACACAAAACUAAUAAUAUUGCUAGAGUUGUUGUAGAUGAAGCACAUUGUGUUUCUCAAUGGGGACACAGUUUUCGACCAGAUUAUUUGCUUUUAGGAAAACUGCGAGAAAAGUAUAUGAUGAUUCCCUGGGUUGCUAUGACGGCUACUGCUUCAAGUAAAGUUAUGGAUGAUAUCUUAGAUCUAUUAAAGUUGUCAAAACCUGUUGCAAUAUUUAAAACUGCUUGUUUCCGUCCAAAUCUUUUCUACGAUGUAGCAUUUAAAGAGUCUCUUGAUGAUCCUGUCACAGAUUUAAAGGAAUUUGCACUAUCUGCUUUAGGUGAUCACUGGGAGAUGAAUCCGCCCAACGUGCGUGGCUGUGGAAUUGUUUAUUGUCGAACGCGUGAUGGAUGUGAAGAACUUUCCUCUAAACUUACUAAACUGGGUUUGCGUACAGAGCCAUAUCACGCAGGUAUUAAACCUGCCAUCAGAACGGAAACUCAGGCAGGAUGGAUGGAAGGCAAAAUACCUGUUAUAGCAGCAACUGUUAGUUUUGGAAUGGGUAUUGAUAAACCAUCUGUGCGUUUUGUUGCACAUUGGUGUGUGUCUCAAUCUGUUGCUGGUUAUUACCAAGAAUCUGGUCGAGCUGGACGAGAUGGCAAGCAGUCUAAAUGCCGAAUAUAUUACUCUAGAAAAGAUAGAGAUACAAUACUAUUUCUACUUAAAAAAGACGAAACUUCUGCAAAAUCUACAACUUCAAAACUAAAAAUAUCUACAACUAUUAAGAGUUUUAAUACCAUGAUUAAAUAUUGUGAAGAAUCUGUAUGUCGUCAUUAUGUUUUAGCCAGGGAAUUCGGUGAUGAUAUACCAGAUUGUCGCAAACACUGUGAUGUGUGUGUCUACCCCAAAGUAGUGGAACAAAAAAUUUCAAAAUUUAAAGGAAUGUUGCUUGGCUCUAAAAUAAAAUAUCAGAGGAAAGGUGGUGAUUUUGGUGAGUUGUAUGGCGGGGGACGAGAAGGUGCUCGUCAGGACUAUGAAGAUUAUGAUGCAGAAGGAGAUGGACCAUCACGAGAUAAGCAAGCAGCUUCAGAAUUAUCUAAUCUCAUCAGUGAUGAGUUUAGCAAACGGAGAGGUUCUAAAGAUAAGUCAGAUAAACAUGCUGUUAAACAUAGUUCUAAAGUUCUACAACCAUCUUUAAGAAAAAUACCUGAAGUCAAUGUAUCUAUUAGAGAAAGGUAUUUUGAUAAAUUAGUGGAAGAAAUUCAAUUGCAUAUGGAUACUUUAUCUUCGAAUAAAAAUUGUCCAGUUUUGAAAGGAAAAGAUCUUAAUCAGUGUGUUGCAGACCUCGAAUGGAAUGCCUUCAGUUCUAAAGGUAAUAUUCACAUGUAUCGGAAAGAGAUGGUCAAUUUAACUAAAUCUCUGAGAGAAGCUUCUCGUCAAGCAGAAAUACAUCCAGUUCUUGCAAACUUUGUUCCUAAUAAAAACUCAAAAUGUGACAGUAAGGAACGAUUGCACACUAUCAUAAACUAUUUUCAAAAAAGUACUGCUAAUAAUGAGAAAAUCUCCAUUCAGGAGCCUGUUUCGAAGAAUAGUCCUGUGAAACAAAAGAAAAGAAUGCAUUCUAUAUCUUCUGAAAGUGAUGACCAGUCUGAUAAAUUUAAAAUGACUAAAAGUUUCCUGGACAAUGGUACUGUUAAUCAUGAAGUGUAUAAUAGUCCUAAUAAAUCUAUAAAAAUUAAAAAGAGCUCUGAAAGUUCUAGGUCUAUAGAAGAAGAAAAACCAAUAAUGAAAUAUUUUUUUGAAAGUGUAUCUAAUUCUAUUACUGAACCAGUUCAUCAUUUGUCCCCCGAGGAAUCAAAAUCAAUUACGAUAUUUUCCGCCUCCCCUACCAGCAGAGGCUCUAUGAAAUCAGUUCCAACGGAUCACGAGCGACGGACGUCUUCAGGUUCUCCUCCCAGGAAAAAGCGACACAAAUCUAGUAAUGCACAUGGUAAUAAGUCUGAAAAAAAUAAAUAUGCAGAAACUAAAACUACAACCCAAACUCGCAAUGACCUUCUAAAGAAGGCAGCGGAUUUGGUACGAAAACAUUUAAACCCUGAAUAUAAAUCUAAAAGAAUAAGUAAAGACUUUUUUAAAAUUGUAUGUCGUAGUAUAUCUCAUAGAUUAGUUGAAGCAGAUGCAGUAAAUGAUGCAGCCGCUAAAUUUGAAGUUGAAAAACUAUUGCAAUCGCAAGCAUCAGUUUCUUCUGAUCAUUAAAUUUGUAUAAUAAUAACUGUUACUAAAUGCAUUGUCCUUUUUGGUUUGAAAAAAUGAGGGAAAAUUUAUUAUUGCUCAGUUGUUUAAUGCUUAAAGAUUUUUAUUCACAUAGAUUUGUUUAUUUUUCUCAUAUUGAAUUUAAAUAUAAAUUAAUUUUGUUAUGAUGUUUAAAAUAACACUUGUUAUUAAUAUUAUCAAUAUCAUGUAAAAUCAUGUUACAAUGUCUUUCUUUCAUAAAAAUAUUUACUAUUAUUAUAUAAUUAAAAUUUGUAUGUAAAUUUUCAAGGGUUAAACUUUUGUCUUUAAAAAAAAACACUUAAAUAAUAAUUGAACUGAAAUAGUUUUAUUAACAAGUCAAAUAUUUUGUCUUAUUAAUGACAAAUAUGACAAAAUAUUUGACUAGUUAAUAAAACUAAAAAAUCUAUAUAUUUAUUCAGUUUUUUAAUUAACAAAAUGAAAUCUUGAAAGUUUUUUAAAUUGUUAAAAAUCAAUUACGUUAAUUUAUUUUUUAAAAUUUUAUAUUAUAAUAAAAUAUAUUUUUAAUUGCAGAUUUCUUUGUAUAAAUUUAAAGGAAUUUUGUGAAACAUCAAUUUAAAAUAGUUGAAGAGAAAAGAUGAUUAUGUUUGUAAUUAGAAAAAAAAAAGAAAAUGUGAUAAUCUAGAAAUUGUGCAACAAAUGUUGAAGGAGUUUUUGUUUUUAUCAAAUGUAAAUAAAAGCAUUAAAUUUGACUUCAAAAUAU